UUACAUCUCCAACAUUGUGAUGUUUACCCUCAUGUAAACUUAAUCUGUAAAUGUGGUCAGACUAGCCAGCUGGCUUAGAUUCAACAGCAUUCUUUUGGCAAGAUGCUCUAAAACCAAUUCAGUGAAAGGCACCAAGGUUCCAACAUAGGUCAGUAAGAUAUUGAAAAAACAAAAGGAAACAAAAUCAACAAUCUCAAGAUAGCACACAAAUCAUGGAGAGCAACCGUGAGCAGCAACACAUUGCAACAGGGGUGUCCCCCUAGUUUAGGGCUUAAUGUGCUGACCAUGAACCACAACACUGUCUGUCUGUGACUUUGUAUAAUCAAAGGACUUUAGCCACCCAUUAAACACGAGAUGUCACCUUCUUCUCAGUGUUUCCGCAGGCUGGAUUUCACCUGCCAGAGGAACAACAGCAGUGUGUGAUUUGAUUACAUCGGCACAGACAAGCCUUCCCCUUCAUUGUGUGAAGACACCUGGAGGGAGAUCUGGGUAGGACUGUACCCCUCCCAGAAAAGUCUAAAUGAAUGAUGUAUACUUCUAGCUGACAUAGAAAUAUGAACAAGCUUCAGCUAAUAUUUCAUUAGCAUGUAGUGACAGUUUCAUGGAAGGCUUUUGUGAUCUGCAACAAACAGAUAUGUAAUUGUCGUCUUCCGCUAUAAAUCAGCUCUGUCCAUUAAAUAAAUCCCCCUUUUUGGAGCGGCUGUGAACCUGGGAGAUUCAGAACUGGAUAAUCCUGAUUAAAUUUAGACACAAUCACAGCAGCAGCAGCCCACAGACUCCUUUGACAGCGCUUUAACAAAGUGGCCCAGAAACAGGAGAGCACAGGAUUAGGUGAGGGUCCACAGAAACUCCUGAUACCGAUGAUUCAGGCGUGGACCAUCUCAAAUGCUCAGAGGACGCCUGAGGAUUACGCCAGAUAGACUGUCCCACGCCUACCGAGCCUGGCAACGCUGCCGGCUGAGCCAAUCACACGGAGCCCUGAAUCGGGGAUGAAUGCUGCUGGCAUCGGUACACAGAUCACUCUCACCUUCACGUUGGCAUAGCCGGCCAGAUAUCAGCGUGAAACGGAAGGUUAUAGAGGACUGGAAAGAAAAACUCAAAGAGUUUCUCUCCAAAGUGAGGAAAAGAAAGCAUCGAUCAUUUAAAAAGAUGAAUAGAACGUGCAAGAAUUUUUAAACUUAGUGCUUCCUGGCUAAUGUUGCCAAGAGCUUGAACGUUACACAAGCUGACAUGACCUUUGCCCCCAUCCCCAUCUUCCUCUAUGUAUCUUUUGAUUUAUGGCUAUGGUCGAAUAAAAAAUAAAUAAUAACAUCCUGUCUAUUUCUAACCACUUUUCCUCGACCUCUAUGGAAAACAUCGGGGAUCAAGGAAAGGUGAAGGAGAAUUAUAAUUACGUGCUGAGGAAUCCGACCGCUAUUACAUUCAACAUUCAAGGAAUUGAGGGAACGCAGUAACUCAUUUGAUUUGGUGAAGGAUGAUCCACGGUACAGUAGGCUGAAGGAGAUAAGAAAAGAAGCCUUGAAGCGCCUUUCUUAGCAUUUAGAGAAUCUAUCCAGCUCUUUAUCAUGGCUGCCACUUGAUACUUCCAGGUCAUUUAAUUCAGGAACCUCCCGAAGCAGAAAAAGCCCAUGUCGGAUGUUCAAAAGUUUGAAGAAAUUAAUAAAGGAUGAAUAAAGAAACAAAAACAAAGUACUAGCAGAGCGCAACAAUGUGCAGCGUCAUCUUGAGAGUAUUAGUCUAUUGUUCUGCCUGUUACUUUAAAAAAACAUGUUCAAAUACAGCACAUGCUUAUUAUCCAGUGUGGCGUCUGAGCUGAGAUGACACGUCAUGUUCACAUCAUCACCAAUGAGUGACGCUGGUCAUAAUAAACACCUCGUCACCGCUGCUGACACACACAGAAUCAGCUGAAUGGCCGACUCCCCUCUUCUCCCUUCUUUUUGUCUCAUCUUUUCCAUCGGUCUGUGCAGUACACCAAAGGUGAGUGAACCUCCUGCUCUCCCUCCGUGACCGGAGAAAAAUACGAUGCACCUUUUUCACACGUUUUAUUUGUGUUAAGAUUUGGCUCUGAAAAUGCUCGGUGCCGUUUGGAGACAGGACACUUGUUCUGAGCCAGAGGAUUCUGCCCGACUGUGAGGUGUGUGGAUUUUCCUGGGCAGGAAGAUGGUUGGGAAGUCCCUGAUUGCUGGUCUGGUGGUCCUUCUGGUGGCGGCAGUGAGCCUGUUCCUGGGGGUGUUCAUGGGCUCGGGGAAGAAAAACACCCCUCCCUCCUUGGACCACUUCUACUCAAAGGCUGCCGUGGCUGCUGAUGCUGGGAAGUGUUCAGAAGUCGGGAGGGACAUUUUGAAGAAGAACGGUUCAGCCGUGGACGCGUCAAUCGCUGCCUUGCUAUGCGUCGGCCUUUUGAACGCUCACAGCAUGGGCAUCGGAGGAGGGCUCUUCUUCGUCAUCUAUGACGCGUCCACGGGGAAGGUGGAGACCAUCGAUGCGAGGGAGACGGCGCCCAUGAACGCCACUGAGGACAUGUUUGGCAACAACACCGAGCUUUCUCGUACAGGUGGAUUGUCCAUAGCUAUUCCCGGGGAGAUCCGUGGUUACGAGAUGGCCCACAGGAGGCAUGGCAGGCUGCCCUGGAAGGACCUGUUCCAGCCCAGCAUUGCUUUGGCUCGAGACGGCUUUCCUAUCGGAACAUCUUUGGCUCACGCCAUCUCCAGGAGCAGAGAUUCAAUUCAAGGAGAUGCCAACAUGUGUGAGGUGUUUUGUGAUUCUCAAAAAAACAUACUGAAGGAAAACGACAUCGUUAGAUUUCCAAGGCUGGCGGACACGUACCAAAGAAUAGCAGAAGAGGGUCCGGAUGUGUUUUACAACGGGUCGAUGGCACGACGCAUCGUCGAGGAUAUCCAGGCGGCAGGAGGCAUCAUCUCCCUGGAUGACUUGUUGGAGUACCAGCCUGUGCUGAACGAGAACCCUCUGAAGGUGAAGGUUGGGGAGUACACUAUGCAUGUCCCCGACGCCCCGUCCAGUGGCCCCGUGCUGGCACUCAUACUCAACAUAGUGGACGGGUACAACUUCACAGGCACAAGUGUUUCUACAGCCGAGAAAAAACUGACGUACCAUCGCAUCCUAGAGGCUUUCCGGUUCGCUUAUGCCAAAAGGAGCCGCCUAGGGGACCCACGUUAUCUCAACAUCACCGAUUUCAUUCUAAACAUGACCUCAGACUUCUUUGCUGAUGACAUAAGGAGUAAAAUUACAGACGACACCACCCACCCAGACAGCUACUACGAGCCAGACUACUUUGUCCCGGACAACCACGGCACGGCUCACCUGUCGGUCAUUGCUGAGGACGGAAGCGCCGUGGCAGCCACCAGCACCAUUAAUUUAUACUUUGGUUCCAAAGUCAUGUCUCGAUCAACUGGAAUCCUUUUUAACGACGAGAUGGAUGACUUCAGCUCUCCGUACAUGACCAACGGGUUCGGAAUUCCGCCAUCACCAAACAAUUUCAUUCAACCAGGCAAGCGGCCUCUGUCUUCCAUGUGUCCUACGAUCAUCUUUGACAAAGACAACAAAGUGAAAAUGGUUGUGGGAGCGUCGGGGGGUACAAAAAUCACCACCGCCACCGCCUUAGUAAUCCUGAACUCGUUGUUCUUCAACUAUGACCUCAGGAAAGCUGUGACAGAGCCGCGAGUUCACAAUCAGCUCAACCCAAAUAUGACCGUGGUGGAGCUGGGCUUUGAAAAGAGUGUCCUGGAGGGUCUGGUGCAGAAGAACCAUGUAACUCAGCUGCUGCCGACGCCGGACUCCGUGGUCCAAGCGGUGGCGCGGCAGGGCGAGCGUCUCUGUGCCGAGUCCGACCCCAGGAAAGGAGGCUAUCCAGCAGGAUACUGAGCGGCUCUUCGGGCCCGUCUCCUCGGAGACACUCGGAUGGAGCCACAAUGCAAACAGGGGCCUGCACCAAAGACUCAGCAGAAGCAGUGUUUAAGCUACGGAGACACCACCACGACACACAUGUCCAAACCUUCUUUUACUCAAACUCACUUAUUCAGCAUUACCUUUUGUUUUUUUGGGGCAUUAUCAGAGUCUGGAAGUAAAUUAAGAGGUUGCAUCUAGUUUGACGGGUGGAUCAUCGGCAUUAUGUACUGGUGAUGUUUUGGGGAAACCUAAAACACAAUCUUCUUUCUACCAUAUACCAAUUUUAUGUAGAACGUGGUAUUCAACAUUUUAAAAACAACCAAGUAAGCAUCAAUAAUUUGGCAAAUAAGACAAGUUUCAUCACUAUGCAUCGUCAGGUAAGAGUCGGUGUGGUCGUUGAUUGUCCAUGUCGUACUUUCAUCUAUUCGAGUCAAACUGGGGACAAACCAUCAGUUCCAAAAUAAGGACACUGGUAGUUUCCGGUUCAAGUCGAUCCUAAACAUUAUUUCGAGGAAUCUGACUGUGCGUUUUCUCCCGUGACUAUCGUGAAACUAUUACUCUUAAAUUGUAAAUGUUUAAUAUCGAGUAGAGGUUAAGUGAAUGUAGAGCGUAUUCUGAAAAAUACAUGUGCAGAUAUAUUUUUCUAAACAUGCGUUGUUCUUAUGCCAUGUUUGUUGCAAUGCUUGUUAUUAAACCUUUUAAACAAAGAUGUUACAAUUUACAAUGUGGGUAUUUCUGUGCUGCUUCUGAGACUGGAACAUUAAAUCACUAUAUACUAUCUUUUCUUUUAGUUUGUGGCUGGUCAGAUUGUGAUAUUUAUACUGAAGCACAUGUAUUGUGGUAAUGACAUUAAUACAUAUAAUCCAGGGUACACCCAGUAAAAAAACAGAAAAGCAGCUGGCACUGAAUGUUUGGCAUUUUUGACUGAUUAAAAACUAAAAAGAUUUUUAAAUGAUAAAAUGUUGAUUCAUUUGUUGUAUCUACUUAUUAAUUCGCUCACAGUUUCAGCACUAACACAUACAGACUAAGAAGGCACCAAGGACUUGCCCCAUCUCAAAUUAAAGUGAUGGGUUCUUCCUUGACCCAUGCUACACAUUUCCACCAAGUUUAAUGAAAAUCAGGCUCGUAGUUUUUCCUAAAUUCUACUGACAAGCAAACCGAAGACACAAUACAUUUGUGCAGAUAAUCAACAAUGUUGUUUUUGGACUGAGCUUCAAUUAAGAGUAAAAGGGGGAACACUAAACGUGAGCAGGACCCCUGAAGAGGGUGACCCCGUUUGACUUCAUAGUCUUCAGUGAAUACCGUCUCUCAUGUGCUCUUUGAGAAAAUGAAAAACCAAGUACCUUUCCCAUUGGUUGAAACUUCCAUCGAAAAAAUGCUUUAAAACCUCGUUUAGCUGCCGUUUCCUCUGUUCAGACCUCACGAUGGUCUCCGCCUUGUCAACGACUCCCCUGCAUCACAAGUAUUUUGUAACCAGCAGCGACAAAUAAAACCCUUU